GAAUGAUCCGAUCAAGUUCAACCACUGCCGUAAUUUUUAGAAUUUAGCUUUAAAAAUGAAAUGGGGCCAAUCACAAUUAAUUGAACAUAAUUUAUUUUGUAAACAUUUAUAAAACUAAUGCCAAUCACAUUCAGUCGCGGAAAUGUAAGAAAAACAGGUUUUAGAACAAGAGGACGUUCGGCCCAUUCUCUUGAUGUGAGUGCCGUAAAACUCGAUGAAGCUGCAAGUGGAGAUGGCAGAUUGCUUUUACAAAUUAAGCCUGCUUUGGCUGAUCCCAGAGCACCCUUGCAGCGUUCGAAUACUACACUUGCGGGUAACAAUUACGACGCCAAAGACGAUACAAAAGAUGAGACUAUUAACUUGCAAGCUGUGGGAGAGGGCAAGGUGCAGCUAUCUCGAACUCCACAGGAGAAAGAUCGUCUACCAGAUAGAAUAAGUCUUGACAGGAGAGGAUUGUCAUCAAUACCUCAUAUUGUCGGGGAACCCGGAUUAAGGCUUCUCUCUUUACAGCACAACCUAAUUAAUAGCCUCACUGGCUUGUCUCCAUUAGAUCUAGGGAAACUAGUAUUUUUAGACGUGUAUGACAAUCAAAUAGAAAAAAUAACCUCACUCGAAAGACUUUUCAGCCUGAGAGUUUUAUUAAUGGGAAAAAAUCGUAUUAAACGAAUUGAAGGGCUGACAAAUCUUCUCAAGUUAGAGGUAUUAGAUCUUCACGGGAAUAGAAUUACAAAAGUAACCGGACUAUCCAACUUAAAUGAACUUAAAGUGCUCAACUUAGCUGGCAAUCAGAUAAAAUUUUUAGGGCAAAAUGAUCUUCAAGGGUUGGUUUCAUUAAGAGAAUUAAACCUUAAAAGGAACCGACUCAAAAAACUUCUUGGUUUCGAUCAUACGCCAAAGUUAGAAAAGCUGUAUUUAGCUAACAAUGACCUACAAAGUGUAGAGGAUGUGUCAUCGGUAGCAGAAGCAAGCAUGCUUAUAGAAGUGUCGUUAGAUGGAAAUCCUGUUGCGCUAGGAGGUGAUUGUACCCCAUUUUUGGUAUCGUACCUUCCGAAUUUGGUAACGUUGACAAAUAUGAACGUCACGGAGCAGGUCCGUAGUGCUGCAAUGGCUUGGCGAAAUAACAAAGAGGCAGCACAUGCAGCUUAUUGUGCUUUAAGUGGUUCUGCUCAACAAGCUGCUCGUAGGGAUCAAGUAAUUAAUAACGCAAGAACCAAUUGGGAGUUACUAAGGUCUGAAAACAAAACUUUUGGUACAAGUCCAACGAAAAGCGAAGAAAAGGAAUUGAAAGAGGGAAUAAAUAGUGAAACAGAACCUUUAGCAUCUGCAGUGAUGCCUGAUGUUAUUGCUUGUACACAAAAAGCUAAUGAUAGCGGUAACUGUGUUAAAGUGGAAGACAGCAAUUUAAAAGUAGCCACUACAAAUAAAUCACAAAGAUGUUCGACUGCACGGAAGCCGUCUGAACGACGUGUCAAUUUCUCUGACCGAAGUGCUUCACAGGAUACUGAUGCAUCUCAUUCAACAUCAACCAGCAGUGAUUUAAGAUUACCACCAAUAUUAUUACCCCUUAUAUCAUCUCUAUGCAAGAUCCAUCAAUCAGAAAAUCUAAAGACAGAUGGUUCAGAUGGUAUUUUAAAAAGGUGGGAGAGUAUUUCGAGCGUUGAACCUAUAGUGGAUUCUUCUAUUAGUUCUCUGCCAUCAUCAUCAAGUGAUAGCGAAGAGGAAACGCACAAGAGAAUAUUUCAUCGAUCUUCAUCUGUGAAACGAAGGGAAAACUUUAGUUCGAUGCGUUCUAAAUCCGUCUGCGAUCCAGAGAGUCGUAGAAUAAAAUCAAACAAGAACAACGACAGUGAGAAUGCAAGCAAUAUCUCAAGCAGUACACACGUAGGGUCUGUUGUUACAUCAUCAACGUCUGGAAGUGACCACAACAGUAAAACACUGAAAAGACAAGGCUCUUUGAAUUCUAGAGUGAGUAGGAAUAUUAGGAGCGCAACACUCUCUCGACGAAAUGAGAGAGGAUCGUCUGCUCAUAGAGCGUCCACUGCCAGAAGUAGGUCUGGAAAAAGCUUAGCUAGUCUGAAGUCAUCCGAGCCAGUUCCAAAACCCAUGCCUGCUUCGAAGGAUCGCGAGCAGGGCGUGGAUUAUUUGGUAGAGGUGACAGACGGGGUCGUUAGUGCGUGGGGAACCGGUGCAGUGCGACGCCUAGCACGGGACUGGGAUUGGGAUAAAGCGCGAAGUGUAACAAGGGCGGCGUUUCAUUAUGUUCAGUUUAAUGCAGUGGCACAAGCAUUACCCGAUUUGAAAACGAAAUUUCCAAAUGUAACACACAUAUCAGUUCGUGCCACAGGCCUACAGUCUUUAGGACAACUGCAUUCUUUUGCUGAGCUUCGGGGUCUAUCGAGUCUCACUGUCCUUCCUGAAGGCAACCCUAUUUGUUCGAAGAUAUGGCGGGAAUAUGCAGUAUACAGACUGGGUCAUUGGGGCCUUAGGGAAAUAAACGAUGAAGCGGUCACCGAAGACGAAAUUAAGUCAUCGAAUAGAACAUAUCAAGGUCUUAGUGAUAUAGUGCUUCGGGCUUUGCCGGAUGCGCCCCUGCAACCACUGCUGGCAAGACUUGGUAAGAGUGGAAGCAGUCCUGCUGGUGCGAAAGCCUGGCUCCGAGCAGCAGAUCCUGCGCUGAGAGACGUCAUUGCAAAAGAAGCGCUGCAGUAUAAGAAAGGGACUGUUUCACAGGAAGAUAUGAGUUGGCGGACAAAGGGCCGCGACCAGCUAUCGACAGCUAUAUCACAAGCUUGCGGCGCGGCGCAGCGCCUGCGGUUACUCGAGAUGCAAUGGCAGACGAUCUUCGUUGAGAUGAUCGAGGAGGUGCUAACAGACUACGCAAACAUGAAUCUGCAUGUGAAGGAACAAAUGCGUUUGUUGACGGAAUCUUUGCAAUGAUUUCUGAGACAAUUUAUAUUUAAAAUUAUAUAUUUUUGAUUUGAAACUUGAAAUGUGGGCUUGAGAGCCGAAAUUAAAAUGACAAGUUAGGGUAACGCUCAUAUUGAAUACCUAACCAACCCACUGGAAUUUAUCAUCUGUCCGUCAUAACAGUGACAAUAGGUCAGGGUUGCCAAAGGUACUUGAUUAUUAUAAAAAGUUUUAUAUUAAAAAGUGGCCGGAAGUUUUAUGCAUUUAACUGAACGACAUAGUUAUUGAUGUCAAUGACAUAAUUGAUUGCUGCCCAAUACGUUCUGCAAUACAACGGUUUUUCUACAUAAUAUUAUAUAUCUGAAUCGUAUAAUUAUUGUCGAUCAGAUUAAUAAUUAGGUAUCUUUCGAUAAUUACCUACUCCCACAACUUCAUCUUCAGAAGGAGCUUUUUCUGUAACUAAUAACAAAUGACGAAACACACGUCUUUUAGGCAGAAAAAAUGAAUAAGGUAGGUACUUACUUAAUAAACCUAGCUUGUAAAAAAAUCUGUGCAGCUGUUAGCAAUCAUUGUUCGUUUGUUUGAAGUUAUUAUAAUAAAAUUAUAGUUUGCUAAAAGUAAUGAAAAAGACGUUGGAAAGUGAUAAAAUAAAGUAAAACGUAUUUCUUUAACCUUUAAGUUGAAGUGGCAACCCUAAAUAUAGUUGGGCCGUAACAAAUUCCAAAACGAUUUAAAAACAAAAAAGUAAAUCGUAGCGAAAAAAUCUUGUUCAUUGUACUACGCUAGUCAUUCUGAAAUUAGGAAGUAAGUCCUUUUCGAAGGUCAAGUCGGUCACGGAAUCCUUCAAAUUUUAUAAAUUAACCCAUUUCUUGAAUUAAGUAUUAUGAAUAUUGACUCAAUGAUUACUCCCGCGAGGCAGUAAGAAUUAACUAGGUAUAUUAAAUCUAUUCCCGAAAACCUUUAGAUAACUCAAAAAAAGGAGCUUAAUAAUUACGUAAUAUACUAAAAAAAUCUUAACAUUUACCAAAAGCAGUUUAUAGGUAAAUAAAAAUAAAAUUACAGACACAUUGUAUUAUUUUACAAACGGUUUUUUAAUAGAUUUCUAUUGCCCACGACUGAUUAUUGUUGCAUUAAUUUUUUAAAAUAGAACUGCUCAAACUAGUCUAGUAUACAAUCUAGUUGUUAGUCUAUACACAAUGUUGCCGUUUUAGAAAAACCAUUAGAAAAUAGGUCGUUUAUAAUUUUAUAUAGAGUUUAGUUCGUAUUGUACUAGAUUGGUAAGCAAUGUAUCAAUA